AUGUCUUCUCGGUCCCCCAAUUACGAGUUUCAGGAAUGGUGGAACCGCCAGAGGGAGCGCAACCUCCACAGCGCAUUUCAGCUGGACCAGGCGGCGAGCCAGGAAGGCGGGUGGAGUGCCGUGGAGAUCGGCGGCAGGUCGCGGCCGCCGUCCCCGCCGUCGACGUCCUCGCCGGCGGCGGCGGCGGCGGGAUCCGGCAAGGGACGGGGACGCAGCGCGCGGCAGUUGUCGUGGCUGUGUCGGAUACGUUUUAACCAAUCGGCGGCGGUCCUUGUCGGCCUCCCCUUUUGGCUCCUGGGGCUCCUUGUCACUGCCAACCGCCGGAUCUCGUCGUCCCCGUCGGAUGGAUCCUCCCGGCUCUAUCGCGUUAUCCGGUUCUUCCUUGUUCUUGCGGUGGUUCUCCUUGUUCUGGAGGUGGCCGCCUACUUUAAAGGGUGGCACUUCAUGCCGCCGACGCACGCCGAAGCUGUAGAGGCGCUGGAGAUGCUGUACGCUCACUGGCUUUACGUGCGGGCCAAUUAUCUCGCCCCGCCUGUGCAGGUCCUCGCGAACGUGUGUAUUGUUAUGUUCAUGGUGCAAUCCGUCGACCGGCUGGUGCUGGUCCUCGGGUGCUUCUGGAUCAAGUUCCGGCGCCUGCGUCCGGUGGCAGCAGUGGGAUUCGGUGGGGAGGCCGACGCGGAAAAUGGCGGCGUGGAUGAAUACCCGAUGGUGCUGCUGCAGAUCCCAAUGUGCAAUGAGAGGGAGGUAAGAAGAAGACGUAGGCCUUUCUUUGGAUCCUAUUUCUCGACACAAUUGUGGCUUCUCUCCUUUCCUUUUCUUUUCUACUUGAACUUUCUUAUCCGACAUAUGUUUUUGCCUUUUCUCUCGGAUAUUGUUUACACUGAAGUUAUGGUUUCUAUUUGGGGACGUUGCACCAAAGAGACAGAGACAAGUGUCUUCAUGCGGAUUUUUUCUUUUAUGUAACACAAACUGCGGAGACUUGCAUAAUUAUCUUUAAUGAGGGAUGAACAUUGUUUCCAAAAACAGAAUGCAUAAGAAAUGCAAGGGUGAUGACGGGCAGGCUCUCUGGAUCAAAUUAAUAUUUGAGAAUAUGCGCUGUAAUAUGCUUUCAGUAGAAUGAGAUAUAGUUCUACAGAACUGCUGGACGUUGUUAGAGGAAGAAUGGUACUGUGAUUCAUAUAUAAUUAUUGAUUUAUGAUGUUUACGCCUUGAUCGGGUAUGCUGACCAUUAGACAGAGAGUGUGAUUCCGUCACCCUUCAUAAUAGGAAGCUUUGACGGGGGGAGAGGGUUAUGCCUUGGUAGGCUGUAGGCCUUGAGGAUCUUCUAGGGCCAUGAAAAUGUCGUUGAAACCCUCACAGAUCUUGGAGGAGACUUUUAUUUUGAGAAUUUAGCCUCCAUUGGCUGCUGGCCAAGGAUUCUGAGGCUCAAUGUUUCGAAAAACAGUUUGAAAUGCUUGUUUUGAUCCUUUUCAAUUGCUUCCUUGUUGGCUUAGUGUUUGACCUCAGCCGAGGGGAGUUGCCCGUCAAAAGUCUGUGCUUUGGCUUUGGCCUUUAGAAACAAGUGCUUCACCUAACACUCAAACCAAUUCAAUGGGAUUGUUUGCUUUAGGAAUCAAGUUCAGCCAUUCUUCUCUAAGGAAAUGUGGCUAUGGUCAUUGAAUUGUUAGAAUUUCCAGACUCAGAAAAAUUUAGACUCAUGGACUAUAGUUCUGGGGCUUUUCAAGCACAAUGUUGGAGCCCUAUAAAUAGGGAAAUUCAGAGAUCGAAGAUGGUGGUUUAGAGGGCCGACGAAGAAGAUGGUGAUAGAAGAAUGCACAAAGUAGCCAUAAGUUUUUAGAGCUUUGAAGGAUAGUACACCCACGAGUCAGGGGAAAUAUGAUUACAGAAAAAAAAGAUGCCAAAUAGAGAGGCUUAAUGUUUUUUCAUUCAUGAUUCAUCAUAUCUUCUAUCAAAUUUGUGCUCCUAACCUGAUGUCCAUUUGGCCUAAUUUUUUUAAUUAAAAAGCUCCAUUAAUCUCCAUAAUCAAGCACAUUUUCACUGAUUUUAAGCAGUCCUCUUCGUUCUCGAAAGAUUCUUCAGAUUCUCCGUGGGCAUUAAUUUUGGGAUCUGCAGGUCUAUCGGCAAUCUAUAGCAGCAAUCUGCGUCCAGGAUUGGCCAAGGGAGAGGAUGCUUGUCCAGGUCCUAGAUGACUCUGACGACAUGGAUGUACAGAACCUUGUAAAGGCUGAAGUACAGAAGUGGCAACAGAAAGGUGUGAGGAUCUUGUACAGGCAUCGGCUCAUCCGAACGGGCUACAAGGCAGGGAACUUGAAAUCUGCCAUGAGUUGCGACUACAUCAAGGACUACGAGUUUGUUGCCAUCUUUGAUGCAGAUUUUCAGCCUGCACCCGAUUUUCUCAAGAAAACAGUCCCCCAUUUCAUGGUAUUCUUCUAUCCAACUGAAGAGGAAGUAGCUCAUUUUUUCCUUUUGUGAUGAUGAAAUGCACAGAUUAGGAGGAUGAACACAAGUAGUUUCGGAUUCAUGAAUAAAUAUUUCAACUAAAUCUGGGACUUUUAAUCUGUGUAUUUCAUUAGCCAAAAUAUUAUUGUUCGUCUCCCCCCCAAAAAAAAUCAUUACCAUCAUUAAAGAAGUAACUAUACUUUCUUUUGUCAUAAUAGGAAAAAAAGUCCCACAUUCUUUUCAAAUAUGUAUUCUUGAGAACCAAAAUACUUAAUUACCGCAUUCUUCUAUCCUCUUAAAGAAGAGGCAACUCAUAUUUCUCUUUUGCAAUAAUCGAGAGAGAAGUGUCAGAUGUAAUUUGAAAAUUUUCUAUGCAAUCCUCCAACGAAAGUAAUUACGGACAUCAGUGUUCAUCCAGUCAGUCUGUGCGAUUUACCCUAUAUUUUUCUACAUCCUUGGUCGGCAAGGUUGUUUAUUUUGGCUUGCAGAACCCCCAAUCAUCCAAGUGUUAGCAUUACUACUCCUCACAUCAAGCUCCCUGGUAUGCAGGGCAACGACGAUCUGGGACUGGUCCAGGCUCGGUGGGCUUUCGUGAACAAGGACGAGAAUCUGCUCACAAGAUUGCAGAACAUAAACUUAUCUUUCCAUUUCGAGGUCGAGCAGCAGGUGAACGGCAUCUUCAUCAACUUCUUCGGCUUCAACGGGACGGCAGGCGUGUGGCGGAUCAAGGCUCUCGAGCAGUCAGGGGGCUGGUUGGAGAGAACCACCGUGGAGGACAUGGAUAUCGCCGUCCGGGCCCACCUCGCCGGAUGGAAGUUCAUCUACCUGAACGACGUGAAGGUUUGACCGGCCAGCCUCCACCGUCCUCUACCUUAAACGGUACUCGACGAUGACCCACAAACUCCUGUCGAUUGUUCUUGAUCUGCAGUGCCUCUGCGAGCUCCCCGAGUCCUACGAAGCCUACAAGAAGCAGCAGCACCGCUGGCACUCCGGCCCCAUGCAGCUAUUCCGCCUCUGCUUCGUCGACAUCCUCCGCUCCAAGGUGCAUAAAUAUACCUAUUUAUGUAUAUAUAUCGCCAUGGUUUUUUAUUAUAGUUGGCUGAUAAUGAUGAUUCUCUAUAGUGCUAAUUUUAUUUUAUUUUAUUUCUCUCUCGACGCAUCUCCCCCGGACCUGUCCUGCAGGUGAGCUUCUUGAAGAAGAUGAACCUGAUAUUCCUCUUCUUCCUGCUGCGGAAGCUGGUGCUCCCUUUCUACUCCUUCACCCUCUUCUGCAUCAUCCUCCCGACAACCAUGUUCCUCCCCGAAGCCCACCUCCCCGCCUGGGUCGUCUGCUACGUGCCCGGCAUCAUGUCCUUGGUCAGCGUCCUCCCCUCCCCGCAGUCCUUCCCCUUCAUCGUCCCCUACCUGCUCUUCGAGAACACCAUGUCCGUCACCAAGUUCAACGCCAUGGUCUCCGGUCUCUUCAAGCUCGGCAGCUCCUACGAGUGGAUCGUCACCAAAAAGCUGGGCAGAUCCUCGGAGCCCGAUCUGGUCGCCUUCGUGGAGAAGGAGCAGCAGCAGCAGGCUCUGCACAGGGCCGCCUCUGAGUCGGAGCUGAAGGGGCUGGAGAUGAUGAUGGGGAAGAAGAAGGAGAAGAAGAGGAGGAACCGGAUGUACAGGAAGGAGAUGGCGCUGUCGUUGCUGCUGCUCACGGCGGCGGCGAGGAGCUUGCUGGCGGCGCAGGGAAUCCACUUUUAUUUUCUGCUCUUCCAGGGGGUCGCCUUCCUCGCAGUCGGACUGGACCUCAUCGGAGAGCAGGUGAGCUGA